GUCAAUGUCAAUUUUUCAAAUUGACAAGUGUUCACAUCACACGAUAAUUUUCAACUUUUUGGUUUUAUUUAGGAUUUUAAUUUUAUAUGGGUAUCUUAAUAAUUCUAAUACUGUAAAAUUGUUACUUUUAUGUAAUAUAUGCAGAAAGGAAGAAAACAUAGUGGUCGCCAAAAAAAUAUUCGUGCUGCUUAUAAUUAUGUUACCUUGAAAUAGUGGAGUGAUGUGUUACCACGCGGAUAAGACAUGGAUUUUGAAGAUAUUGACACAGUUGUGAGCGAGUCUCAACAGAUCAUCCGAGAAUGCUUCCAAAAAUUUCAACUAGACGAAGUAUUUCUAUCAUUCAACGGCGGAAAAGAUUGCACAGUUCUACUAGACCUUCUAGUAAACAUCCUAGAAGACUUAUACAAGUCAAAUAACAUUAGGAAAGAUUUAAAAAUUGUGUACAUAAGGACUAUAGGGCCUUUUAGGGAAAUAGAGGAUUUUGUGAAGCAAGUGGAAAAGCAUUAUGGAGUUAAGUUGAUGGUGAUGGAGGGAGAUAUGAAGUUGUCUCUACAGAGGAUAUUGGAAAGAGAUAGCAGAUUAAAAGCGUGUUUCAUGGGAACUAGGCGAUCUGAUCCUUAUAGUGCAGGAUUGAAGUUUAUGCAAAAAACGGACCAAAACUGGCCUCAAAUAGUCCGCGUGUCUCCGCUAUUAAAUUGGAGCUACCACCAGAUAUGGAGCUACAUCCUGCGCAGACAAGUGCCCUACUGCAGCCUCUACGACAGGGGGUACACAUCAAUCGGAAGUAUACACAACACGUCACCGAACCCCGCCCUGGCAUACACAGACAUACACGGCCGCAUCUCGUACCAGCCCGCGUGGAAACUCUCGGACCCCUCACUGGAACGUGCGGGCCGCGGCCCGGCGCCCGCGCACAACGGACACACGGAAACAAACGGCCAUUCUGAUCUAAAUACAAUCGAAAACCAUAUACUAUGAGAAUGUACAUCUUACCAACGUUGAUUGAAUCAGGAUACUUAUGGGUGCCAUAGUAAUCUUUGACCUUCCCCCCCCCCCCCCACUCCUAAAAUCGUAAUUCCCGCUUGGCUGUAGAUGUAUGGACUAUGGACGAAUUUGAGCUUGAAACUAAAGGUUUCAAGGUCCAUUUUACUUUGACACUAAAAUGUUUCGACAUUCGAAUUCUAUUGGCAAUGUUGUUAAGUAACGUUGGUGAGGUGUAAUUUAUACUAGAAAGUAGAAACUUCUGAUAAUGGUAAAUUGAAAUGACAAAUUUAAAUGUAUUGAUAUCCCUAUCAUAAUGUUACCUGUGGAAAAAGAUAGCACUAGAUUUAGGGCCUGUCCAAUGUUUUAGUUUAAUUUAAGAUUGUGUGCAACAGAAUUAGCACCAUGGUAUAGUUUAAUUUAACUGGGGUUUUUUUUACUUUUUAUUACUUUGCAAUAUUUUUUCCAUUACCACAUCUUAUUUUGUAUAAAGGGCUCGACAUUAAUUUUAAUAUAAUUAUGAUUAAUACUCUCAAUGUUCAAAUUUUAGAUUACGACAGAGACAAUUUUUGCCAUAGCCUCUUUUUAUUUUAAUCUGUUUUUGGAUUAUUUUGACUUUGCAAUCUCAAUUCAAUGGAAAAUGCAAUUUUCACUUCUAUGUUUUAGUUGAAUAAGUAGUUUAUAAAAUAUUACAGGAAGCUUAAGUUACUUAAACCUUAAUUAAGUCAUCUAUAACAACUCUAUUUUUAUGCACAAUGCAAAGUUUUUUUAUAUAGAAGCAGGUGUUAUUUUGUGGAAGUCCAUGAUAUACAAGGAACCAAAAGCUCAAUUUUUUAUAAUCUGCUGAAACAGACAAAUCUGUAUGGUGCAAAAUUCAUCGUGCGAUAUGCACCGCCCGCCCUGCCACUGCUAAACAUGCUGGAAAAGCCAGCCACCAAGCAAGCAAUACGCACGACCACCACGCAGCGUGACACAAAUCCCCCAAAACACUCAAAACUGUGUAUAUAUGCCUACUUAAUUUACUAUAAACUGGGAUUAUUGCAAAUUGAGCUUUUGGGUCCUUGCAAAAUUAUUUAUCUUCACUAAUUUGUUACUUAAUUUAUUAAAAUGGGUAUGGGUAUUUUAGGGGUCCCGUACUUCAAAAACCCUUAUAGGAUCUAUUUGUUGUCUGUCUGUCUGUGUUUAUUUUUAUGCAUAAUAGUUUUUAUCUUGCAAUUUGCGAAAAAGUACGGAACCCUCGGUGCGCGAGUCUGACUCGCACUUGGUCGGGUUUUUUUUUUAUAUAGGUAAGUAGAUAAUUUUAUUACAUUUAGGCCAGAGACAAAUCUAUCUUAACAGCUAAUGAGAUUUUUGGCUCUGUCAUUUGUAUGAGAUUGCGUAACAGAGAGAGAGAGAGAGCUAUUCUAACUUGUUUCCGUGGACAGAGGUAUAUUUUGUAGCUAUACUAUAUAAUUUUAUACCUUUGUGGUUACCUACCAAUAGGUACUAAGCCUACUACCUAAGUACCUAUUGGUAGGUAAUGUAGGUACCUGAUAUUUUUUCGUUAUUAUCUAAUGCGGCCGAAAGUGCUUUUUUUUUACCGAAAAUUGUCUCGUAAAAAUGCUUUAUAAUUCAAUUCAUAGAAUUCGACAUUAUCGCAGUGAUAUGAAAUAACUGUUUGUUAUAUUUUUGUUAAAAUCCUGAUUGUUAAAGGUCUGUGAUUUUGAAAUUAAAUUAUUAUUGCACCGA